UCUUUCAAUCAGUGCGAGUGUUUGCCCCUGGCCGGCGUGCACGCGCGGGUGAUGCGCUAGCCAUGAUCUCGCAGAAGCUGUCGUACGGCGACGUGCCGACGUCCGCGUCGCUGUCCUCGCUGUCGCCGGGCCUUGCGCCCCCAUACGUGAACGGCAUGGGCUGCAUGCCUGCCCAGCCGUACCCGAACCUGUACUCCAACAACAUGGUGGCGGGAAGCUCGUGCAUGGGCUCCCCGGGCGUGGGCUACUCGCCGCCCAGCACCAUGGCGUCCUGCAUGGGCGGCGGCGGCGCUGUGCCCUACGGCUCGCUGCCGCGUGAGCAGGAAGCCGCCUCGCCCACAUCAGCGCUGCAGCGUGCGCGCAAUGACAAGACCUAUCGCCGAUCCUACACGCACGCCAAGCCGCCAUACUCCUAUAUUUCGCUCAUCACAAUGGCCAUCCAGAACAACCCCUCGCGUAUGCUCACGCUCUCCGAGAUCUACCAGUUCAUCAUGGACCUGUUCCCGUUCUACAGACAGAACCAGCAGCGCUGGCAGAACUCCAUUCGACAUUCGCUGUCGUUCAAUGACUGCUUCGUGAAAGUGCCUCGCACGCCCGACAAGCCGGGCAAGGGCUCGUUCUGGACGCUGCACCCGGACAGCGGAAACAUGUUUGAAAACGGCUGCUUCCUACGGCGGCAGAAGAGGUUUAAAGACGAGAAGAAAGAAUCGAUAAGACAAGCACAGAAGGCACACACCGGGCACGGUCACCAUGGCGGCUCGCACGAAAAACGCAGCGAGCAUUCGCAUGAGAAGGGUGGCGUGGCGGGCUCCGCGCCCGGCGAGGACAAGGAGAUGCGCGACGAGCUGCUGGCGCAGCUGCACGCGGCGCCCGAGCUGUGCCUGCCCGAGCACACGCCGCUGGCGCUGGAGCACUACGCGCAGCUCAAGCAGGAGCCCACCGGGUACGCGCCGGCUCAGCACCCCUUCAGCAUCACGCGGCUGCUGCCCGGCGCCGACACCAAGGCCGACCUGAAGAUGUAUGACGUCAACUAUGGAUACGGGCACUCGCCUGCGGACAACUACUACCAGUCGCCGCUGUACCAUCACCACCACGCGCACGCGCAGCCGCCCUUGUGACAGUACCCGCUGGCGUAGGCAGGCCGGCGCGCGCCCGCCUGGUGCGUGCCGCAGGACCCCGCCGCGCCUUAGCGCCCUGAGCUGCCUCACGCCGCCUCACGCCGCUGAGCAUCCCGCUCAGCAUCCCUCAACCUUGAUAUUGGACUCCAAGUGAGCGUUUCGUGUUCUGGUGAUAUUACCGCGCCUGCUGCGCCCGCCCCCCACGUUACGGUUGUAAAUUUGUGUAAAUAUUUGCGAUUAUUUUAACGAGUCCAUUUUGUGUGCGUUUUAUUAGUAGGGAAUAGAUGUUUAGUGCACUGUGGACGAUGUGGGAUGUGUCGGGGCGGGCGGCGGCUGCGCGAAGUUAGGCCUAAAAUUGUUUUUGUGGAACUUCUGAGAAAGUGUCCUUUAUAGUCAUUAUAAUCGUCUCCCCCUUGUAUACCAACUCCUAAUGCAAGUAUUCUGUAUUACAUUAAAAGUUUAUUAAGCGAAAGCUUUGCCCGCCUAAGUCGACGCACUCUGGUUAGAUAAAAAACGUGAAAAUGCGCGAUCAAUACGGUGUUAUCGCUUUGUUUAUCUAUACUUGUUUAGAUAAAUAAUAUUGUUUGUGUAACGCGUUGAUGUCUUUUGCUUGCCGUCGAUUAACUUUCAAUAUAACAAAUCACAUUGAUCGGAAAUGCGUUCAUUAUACACUGUGACUCCAAUUCGAUAAAGCCUUGCUUCAAAAAUAAAAAAACGUUGAAGCCCAGUGAAAAAUGUAUACAAAAAAUAUGUUUAUAAAUAUUUAAUUUGCACAUAAAUUCCAAUUGUCUUUAAUCAAAGCUACUAUAAAUGAAACUUCACAACGAAGAGUUGGUAUACGACGGAACGAGAAGUGACGUCAUAUCGUGGACGGUUGAACUGUGCAAUGUCUGUGUAACAAAUUGUGUAUAAAAUUAUCAUACAAUAUAUAUUAUAAAAACGAAAGAAAAUUUAGCUAGGCGAAAUGGAAACAGUUCAAUACUAGGAGUGUAGAUAAGUUUUGUAUAUAUACUCAUAAGUUAAUUAUAUGACUCUUAAUAACGGUGUUUGGUGUAAGAUAGGUACCUAUCUCGGCUUCUGCACAUUCCAUUCGAAUAUGUAUUUAUAUACGAGCGUUAAUUUAGCAUAAAUGUCAACUGGAAUAUUGGCAAGCGUGCGGGUAAGUUUAACACGUAUUUUUUUAUAAUUAAUCACUAAUAUAUCUGUUUAUUUCUAACCAUGGAAAGGUUUCGCUGUACCCAACUCAUUUGGAAAAUGGCUAAAUUGUAUUUUUUUUAACUCGACCUUAUUAAAUAUUUCUUUUUCAUUGCGGAUACAGGGUUAAGUAGAUUUUUUCAGAGUUUGAUUAUAAUUUUUUAAAUUGCGUACUAAUUAAAAAUAUUAUUUGAUAUUACCGACUCAAAUUCAAAGAGUGCUUAUUCUAUAAAUUAAUUAUACGCAAAUGUGUUAUUCAAAUAAAUCACUGAAAUGUUAUGUAAAAGGUCAUACGUUAUUGUCUAAUUUCUUGCUACUUGAGCAUUCAUGCAACUCUAUAUAAAUCAUACAUAAAAAAAUCAAUGUUAAACGAAAAAGUGAAACUUUUGUAUGAUUAAACAUAAAAGCCUUAUUUCGGCAUCUAAAAAACGACAUAAAGACCUCAACGGAUAAUUAAAUAGAACGCAAAUUAACAGGUAAUUGUGUUAAAAUCUAACCUAGACCAAAAUUUCAGUCUCUUUUGUCACUUGACAAGGAUUUUCUCAAUAAUAUGUCAUUGAGUAUUCAAAGGCUGUUAAAAUUGACAUAAUCAUGUUUGCCUUGGGCGCUCCGAUUUAGAUCGAAUGCCUUGAACAUAACCUUAGCUCAGUUUGACAAAGAAGUACGCCUCGAGUACGUGUAAACUACGCACUUGUCUUGAUACGCCAGAAACGCAAUGACCUUUUGCAUUUUAAUUGUAUAAAUAUACAACGCACAAAA